AUCCUCAAAGUAAAGGAUUUCUUUAUUUAUUUAUUUUUUGAAUAUUGAAUAUUUGUUCUUGCAUUCUUUGUUGAUUUGAUUGCUUUGGUUUUAUGAAAAAUGCUGGAUUUUGAUCGGAAGACGGAGAUGGUUUCACCUGAUAUGUCCAGUAAGUCGUCGCCUAGGAUUUCGAAUAAGCAGCAUCAGAUUUCUAUACCGGCGCCGCCGGCGCGUGUGUGGGAGUUGACCACGGCGAGUGACUCGGCUUGUUCCGCUUAUGAGUACUACUUGAGGCUGCCGGAGCUGAGGAAGCUGUGGAGUUGUGAUGAGUUUCCGGGGUGGAAGAACGAGGCGCUGCUCACGCCGGCUCUGCAAGGGUUGGAGAUAACUUUCCGGUUCGUUUCUGUGGUGUUGUCGGAUCCUAGACCGUACGCGAACCGGCGGGAGUGGAAGCGGCGGUUGGAGUCGCUUGCUCGGAGUCAGGUUGAGAUUAUUGCUAUGUUGUGUGAGGAUGAUGGAGAGACGCGUGGCGCGGCUCCGAUUGUCGAUCUGACGUCGUCGGACGUGGUGUUGUCACGUGAGAACAGCUCGGCUGAGGUGUGGAAGCUCUCCGGCGAAACGACGGUUGUGAGCCACACGAGCGAAGCUAGCUUGCUGCCUCGGCUGAUGACGUGGCGCAAAUCGGAGGACAUAGCUCAGAAGAUUCUCUACGCCAUCGAAAGCGAGAUGCGGCGGUGUUCGUACACCGUUGGAUUAGGCGAACCGAACCUCACCGGAAAACCGAGCCUCGACUACGACGCGAUCGUGAAGCCGUCGGAGCUUCACUCCCUGAAGAAAAGCCCCUCGGAGCGCCAAAAUUUACACAACUUCGAGAACCAGACGCUCUACACCACGCUGCAGGUACUGGAAACGUGGAUCUACGCAUCAAAGUCGCUUCUAAAUCGGAUCUCAGAGAGGAUUGAUCGAAAGGAAUUCGAAAAAGCCGGAAGCGAUUGUUGGAUUCUAGAGAAGACGUGGAAACUCUUAACCGAAAUACAAGACCUCCACCUGCUAAUGGAUCCCGACGAUUUCCUCCGUCUAAAAAAUCAGUUAUCCGUGAAAGCCGUCGCCGAAUCGGAGCUCUUCUGCUUCCGAUCCAGAGAACUGGUGGAGAUCACGAAGCUCUCGAAGAGCCUGCGGCACAAAGUCCCCUGUAUUCUCGACGUAGAAGUCGAUCCUCACGGCGGACCGAGGAUCCAGGAGGCGGCGAUGGAGCUAUACCGGAGGAAAGAAGACUCGGAGAAGAUUCAUCUGCUUCAAGCUCUUCAAGCCAUCGAAAUGGCGGUGAAACGGUUUUACUACUCUUACAGGCAGCUUUUGGUGAUCGUUAUGGGGAGCUUAGAAGCUAAGGCGAAUCCGGCGUUGGUGAACGCCGAUUCCGGCGACUUGCUAGCUCAAAUAUUUCUGGAGCCGACUUAUUUUCCGAGCUUGGAUGCAGCGAAGACGUUUCUGGGGGAGCAGUGGAGUCGCGAUCAUGGCAGGUCUAGUCCGGAAAGAAGAGGCAAAAAUGAGAAAUGAGUUGACUCGAUUGGCAUUCAACUCAGUGACGUUGUAGUCAUUUGACAGCGAAGCAUUAUCCAAGUUUUUGCCUAAAAUAUAUUUCAUUAUUAUUAUUUUUGGUAUAUAUAUCUGUAGCAUACAUGAUGUUGUAUAAUACCACUUUUCAAAAUUUUGCUGUGCUGA